GAACAGGAGGGGCAGAGAGUACACAGUUUGAUUUUGAGGACUUGUAAUGUAUAUCGCAUAAAAAGUCUGUACUUAAUUUUUGCAAUCCAUCAAGUAGCCAAAAUGAACAGGACUGGGAUUUUUUUGCCUAUUCUUGUAUUCAAAAUUUGUUUCAUUUGCUUGCUGAUUUCUCAGGGUUAUUGUACAUACCAUGAUCACUUGAAUACUUUUCUAACAGAAAGGAAAGAAAAUAAAACAGAUGAUCUAUUUAUAAAAUCACCUACUAGAAAAGGCCGUAGUCCUUAUAGCAUUGAUCCAGUGAGCUGUCAGCUUAGCCAGUGGUCAGAAUGGACUGACUGUUUCCCUUGUGAGAAAAAAAAGACAAGAUUUCGACGUCUACUGCGACCAGCUAAGUAUGAAGGCAGAAUCUGUGCAGGCUAUUUGUGGGAUGAAGCAGCUUGCACAACGGCAAAACCAUGUGAGCCAAAACAGUGCGGGAAAGGUUUUCAGUGCAAAGAAACAGGUCGUUGCAUAAAGCAGCACUUGGUGUGCAAUGGAGAACUAGACUGCAGAGAUGGAUCAGAUGAAGAUAUGUGUGAAGAUGUGGAGAGCAGGACAUUCUGUAAAGAGCUUAUCCCCAUUCCUGGAAUAGAAAAAUCAAUCCAGGGGUUUAAUAUCCUCACUCAGGAAAAAAAAGCAAGUGUUCUAGAUGGCAAUUAUUAUGGUGGCUUCUGUGAAUAUGUGUAUAAUGGUGACUGGCGGGAACUGAGAUAUGAUAAUGUUUGUGAGCGUUUGUACUAUAAUGAUGAUGAGAAAUACUUCCGAAAGCCUUAUAAUUUCCAUUCAUAUAAGUUUUUGGCACGUUCUGACUCUGGAUUCUCCACGGAAUAUUAUGAUAAUGUGUAUGAUCUGAUGAGGAAUCAAAGGAAUGAUCAUUCUGAUAUGUUUGGAUUCACAAUUGGAAUUUCUGCUGCUGACUCACCAGCUGGAAUAGAAUAUGGCAUGGAUUUUACUUCACAGAGGAUGUUAAUGAGGAACCUUUCUGAAUAUUCAAAAAAGGAUGUUGGUUUUAUCCGUGUUCAUACCAAAAUUCAGUCUGCUCAGUUCAAAAUGCGGAGGAAUAACUUAAUGCUUGAUGAAGAUGCUUACCGAGCCUUAAUGGAACUUCCAGAUGAAUAUAAUUAUGGAAUGUAUUCCAAGUUUAUCGAAGAUUAUGGAACUCAUCAUGUGACCUCUGGUACCUUGGGUGGUUCUUAUGAAUACUUCUUAGUGGUUGAUGAAAAAAUGAUGAAAAAAGAAGAAUUAACUGCAACAGAGGUAGGUUCCUGCGUUGGUUACUCAUUAGGGCUUCCGGUGCAGACUGUGGAAAUGUCAGGACUAGAUGUAACUGGAAAAGUAACUGCAAAAAUUAAAAAUUGCAAAAAAGAUGGAAGUAGUUACUUCGUAAAUCCAUCAUCUUCAAGCUUUAUAAAAGAUAUCCUCCCACGAGUUGAAGGUGGUGAUACAGGGAGCACUGGAAGACUUAUAACCAUUGCAGAUGCCAGGAAUUAUCGACACUGGGGAAGGUCACUCAAGUAUAAUCCAGCACUUAUUGAUUUUGAGGUUGCACCACUUCAUGAGCUUCUGCAAAAAACUGGUCUCCCAGAACUGGCAAGUAAAACUCAAAAUUUGAAAAAAGCAACACAAGAAUAUGUAAGUGAGUUUAAUCCAUGUCGUUGUGGUCCAUGCGAACAUAAUGGCAUACCCAUUCUCGAUGGAACUGUUUGUACCUGUCAGUGCCAACAGGGAUAUGAAGGAGUUGCAUGUGAAAAAAGCAGUCGUUCAGGACCUGUUCAUGGUGCUUGGAGCUGUUGGACACCAUGGUCGCAGUGCCAGUCAGGAGUUAGCAGUCGAAAUAGAAAAUGUGAUAAUCCUCCUUCUAGAGAUGGUGGAAGAUCAUGUGUUGGGAAGAGUGUUCAGAGCAAGCCUUGUUAAUAUAAAAUUUCCUUUUGCCUUUUACUGUGUAAACUUGAGGUCAUUGUACUAUUGCUCGUUAAUUAUCAACAUUGUUACGCUGUCUGAACAUAGGCCUGGUACUGAUUCUUCACUUAAUAAAGUACUAAAGCAAAUUUCA